AUGUUUUUGCCUAGAAUCAUCUCUAAAGCCAAGCCUUUCAGUCGGUUUAAAACGUCCUUAGGUCUUCGGUCUUACGUUUCGGCAGUACCAAUUACUGAGACUUUUAAUGCGAAAAAGAAUGCAAAUGGAAAUUACACCGUGACUUUAAUACCUGGAGACGGAAUUGGACCUGAAAUAUCAGAGUCUGUCAAAAGAAUAUAUGAAGCCGCAAAAGUUCCUAUUGAUUGGGAAUCCGUCAGUGUUACACCGAUACUGAAAAAAGGACGGGUUAGCAUUCCUGAAGAAGCCUUGAAUUCUGUAAAGAAAAACACUAUUGCUCUAAAAGGGCCCUUGGCUACACCUAUAGGGAAAGGACAUGUUUCCCUCAAUCUUACUCUUCGACGUAUUUUCAGUCUUUUCGCAAAUGUCCGGCCAUGUAAAUCAAUUGUCGGUUUCAAGACUCCUUAUGAUGAUGUAAAUACAGUUUUAAUUAGAGAAAAUACCGAGGGUGAAUAUUCUGGAAUUGAACAUACCGUGGUUGACGGGGUUGUUCAAUCAAUAAAACUCAUUACAAGGGAUGCCUCUGAGCAAUGUGCACGCUAUGCUUUUAAAUAUGCACAAGCUAUUGGACGCAAUCGAGUUACUGCAAUUCAUAAAGCCAAUAUUAUGAAAUUAUCAGAUGGUCUCUUCUUGGAAGUCGCUUAUGAAGUUUCCAAAGAAUUCCCAGAUAUCAAAUUCGAUGAUGUUUUAUUGGAUCGUGCUUGCCUUCAUAUUGUCCAAGAUCCAGCACUAUAUUCAGAUACUGUUAUGGUUAUGCCAAAUUUAUAUGGCGAUAUAUUGUCGGAUAUGUGUGCUGGACUGAUUGGUGGCCUUGGUUUGACACCAUCCGGAAAUAUCGGAAUGAAGGCUUCAAUAUUUGAGGCUGUCCAUGGAACGGCUCCGGAUAUUGCGGGCAAAGAUUUGGCCAAUCCAACCGCUCUUCUUUUAUCGUCGAUAAUGAUGUUACGCCACAUGCGACUUAACACAUAUGCUGAAGAUAUUGAGGCGGCAGUAUUGAAAACGAUAGCAGAUGGCAAACACCUCACCCGCGAUCUCGGUGGUACCGCUUCCAAUACAGAAUUUACAAAUCAGAUUAUAAGCAAGCUGACAUUGAUAUAA